AUGCACGGGUCUCGCUCGAACUCGUCUCAGGAUUCCCUUCAGUCUUCAAGUACUCAUUGUGAUCCUGAUAAGCCUUCUACUUCAUAUUAUAUUCCACCUGAAGAUUCGUAUCGAGAUGCUCCUGUGGAACAACCAACGUUCCUCAAAUCUUCGACAUAUGGCCAAAUCUUCUACGAAGUUGAUGUUACUAAUAGUUCUUUCAACUAUGUCUGUACUCCUCGACGUACAUUAGAAUCCCAAAUAACGCCUUCAUCACCAAAAUACCUUGAAGAUACAUCCUAUUCUGGCCAUGGUAUGUUAGACGCUACCUCUGAAUAUCAUCUUGCUAACGCUCCCGCUUCAGUUCCGCCAAAUUUCUCGUACUUGUCAGACCUCCAAGAGAGCGAUGAUCUGCUCAAUGUUCAGUCUCCUCGAGAUGAUGCUCGAUUUUCCACUCCUGAAUAUACUCCUGAUUCAUUGCCAAUGUCUGCUGCAAUGUCCUCCGAAGCUUACUAUGUCCCUUCACCUAUAUGUGCGAGUGAAUCCUCUGCUGUAACUUUGAGCGACUCAGAACAAACUGCUGCGAUUAUAGGGCAGAAUGCUAGGAGAGCCUCUCGUAAAGAUGCUGAAACCAUUCGCUAUGAAAGUCCUAAAAAUUGUGACAGUAACUGGUCAAUGAAAGCUUUACAUUUGAGUUCGGAAGAAAUGAACUCAGCUGACGAUGUUGAACUGACGAAUUCGAGCCAUGGCGAUGAUGAUACACAACUGGACACAGAUGAAUCAGAAGGUCGUGUCUCUAUAGUAGAUCGACUUUUUGCGAUGCUUCAACGUGAAGAAAAGGAAUGUAGCGAGUUGGUGGCAGAUGAUUUUGGAGAUGAAGCUUCUCAAGAAAGGAAUAAUCAAAUGACUGAAGCUACUCCAACUAAUGCUUUAACAGAUCCUUCUCUUUCGUGUAGAUUUCAACAAACCCAAUAUACACCUCAAAUGGCUCAAUUCAGAGCAGUUGCACAAGAUGAAAGUGCUCAAAACAUCGGCAUGCCACAUUCUUCACAACUAUAUAACGUACCAACGGAAUAUGUUAGCGACUCUUUUCAUACCCACACUACCGAAAAUCCAGCCUUUCCUUCGUCGGCAGCUGUACUAACAUUGCCUCAGUAUCCUCCACAGUAUCCUCCUCAGUAUCCCAUUCACCAGUAUCCCCAACAACUUGACCAUAUACCCUCAAUGGAACGUAAUCCCAUAGCGCCUGCCAUGUACAGUCAAGCACCUACAUACAAUGUUUCGAGUGUACCUCUUCAACAACAAGAUCCGACUCAUCAGUACAUCCAACCCGUAAUUAGGGAAACUAUUAAUCAGUUCCCAGUAAGAAAUUAUCCAGCGAUGCCAUUCUUUUAUCCAUCAAAUUCUUGGGACAUAAGUUCGUAUGAACAGCCAGUAAUGUUCGGACCACCACAAUUUGUUCCACAAACACUAGAACAGGAAUCUCUUUCUUAUCGUGAACCCGAAGAAAACACCAACGUUGAACCUGUUGAAUAUGAAGAAGCAUCAAGAGAGUCCUUCUCAACUGAUUGGGAAAGUGAAACCGAUAACGAAAGGGAAACCGAUGUCGAUGUUUUCGACUCCAUCUCAUGUCGCCAAAGCGUUGAUCAAGAGGAAAUAAAUGAAUUUCAGGAAGAACUACAGUCAAAAAGACCACCAUUUGAGCAAAAAGGUCCUACACAAACAAAGGAGAUUGGGCCUGUUCCUCCACCUCCACCGCCAUCACCGGAAAACGCUGGCAAGAGCAGCCAUCUAGAAGGAAUGGAUCGAAAUAGCAUUAUCGAACAGCUUAGACACGAGAUGGACCGUCUGGAAGAUAUAAGUCUUCACGAUAUCGCCGAUUACGACCGGCAAGAGGAGCUGAAAGAACUUUGUGAAAAGAUGAAUUCACGAUUCCAGAGAUUUUACCCGCAUCUGAACCAUUGGAAUGACGAUGAUGAGUCCAACAAGAACGCAUCAGAUGAGGAAGUCAUUGAGGAUGGCGAUCCCGAAGAUGGCUACGUAAUGCGAAACAGCAUACAGUUGACUACCAAGUACCUUGCUUUAUGGUAUCCGGAAAAGAAAGAAAGAGAACAAAUGAUCCCUUGGAAUAUCAUGAGGAAAGUAAAACCAAUCCGAUUAUGCUUUCUCGACAACCGAAUUGGUCAUGGCGAGUUUGAGAAUUUCAACAUUGGCGAAUUUGUCAGCAUUACGGGUCAUAUGAUGUUCGCUUACGGAGAUGGUCCGGAAGCGAUCGAUGAAACUAGGCUAUUCGUUGUUGACAUCGUUCGACAACAAAUGAAUAUGCUAUUGCGAAGGGUUUGGAACAGCAUACUGGAAACACAUCAACGGGCUCCUCACAUCUACAACGCUCUCAAAGUAAGCUAUGAAGAUCAGCUCGACUUUUUAUGUGAAGAACGACAUAUACAGGACUGUGAUCCAGAUCUUGCAAACACCAAGAUGUUUCUCAAGCAUAGAAAUCGCCAUCUUUCAGAUGAACAUAAAGAACUACUGAAUUAUGCUAGACGUGUUUCAUAUUGCAGUAGGACGGGAAGACUUUCUGCAUUUCGUGCCCAUCGAUUUCACGAAUUCCUUGGUUUUCCCGAUUUGCAGACUGAUCUAAUCUAUGUACUAGAUUUCAUAGCACGAGAAAUUGUUAUGGAAGUGACCUAUCAUGCUGCGAUCGCUCGUCAGCAAGAGCGACAAGCACUCCCGGCAACAAACCGGGGAUUUUUGCACCAGCCAACGUCGAAGGCCAAACUUGUCGCUGAAAGCAUGGAACUGCGACAUUAUGAAGAGGGUCUGCGUAAAAUAAUUGGAUGGCGAAAAAAUGGAGAUAUUUUAUUCGGAGAAGAUGAGCGCAAAAUUAUACCGUCGUAUGGAAAAAAUCCACGAAAAUGGGAAAGCGACAACGACUACAACAAACGAGAAGCAGCCGAACGUCGUGAAUUUGAAGAUCUUAGACCUAUGCCAAGGCGCACAGUGUGUUUCACAUCGGCAGAGUUAUUCGAGGAGCACAAAAAAGUACUACGUGGCGAGUACUGGGAUAGUUGUCCUGAAGAUCUCACUAAAGAAGCAUUUGUCUUAGCGAAUACAUACGCAGCAGCGCGUCGUGCACAAGUCACCAUUCCUCAACCUAAUAUUCCAAAAAAAUGGAAGGAACAAAAAGAGAAGGACAACAGGGAAAACAACGAGCGACUCGACAAACUACGAGUCGCGAAGCGUGAAAGCGAUCAAUUUAACAGAUUAACUGAACAGUUAGUGCAAAUGAUGGAAAAGAACACCAUCCACGAUUCCGACAGAAUACCAAACGACCCAGCGGUUGACGGUAAUGAUGGGUCUGAUUUGAGGUCAGCAAUGAAGGCUAUCCACGCAGCAGUACGUCGCCAUAGAAAUUUUAGCACUGGAUAA